AUGUAUGCUUCCGAAAGCUGCCCCUGAGGUGUUCUAUGCCAACUUGAAAUAAACUCUUUAUAUAUAACUCAAAAACUAAUUAAAGCUUCAGUUAUUUUGUUCCUCAAAUUAAAAUCAGUGCAGCUAUCCUUAAGAUGAAGUUACUCGGUUGGAUGCAUCGUAAGUUUCGACAGAAUAGCAGUGAACCAUUCAAGGAUUUUUCUGUAGGGAAUCCUUGUACUUGUCUUACUGGGCAGCCAUCACUGGAUGAUUUACAAGGCUACCAAAAACCAAAUUUCUACAAUAAGCCAUUGAGCAAAGAGCAAAGAGAGAAUCAGAGAAGAUCAUUUGCUGGUCUAGAGGCAGCAGCAAGGUCAGAUGAAGAAGAGUCAUCUGCUGCUCUUUCUGAGCUCUUCCAUGGGUUCCUUGCAAUCGGUACACUUGGUACUGACCCACUUCUUGAUGAUCCGUCAACACCAACAUUUUCCAUCUCCGUGGAAAAUAUAGCUGAAAAGGACACAGAAGUGACAGAAAAUGAAUUGAAGCUGAUCAAUGAUGAAUUAGAGAAGGUGCUGGGAACUGAAGCUAAAGAUGAUGGUUGUAAUCUUUCUUCAGGAAGAAACAGCUAUGUUAGUACUGGGAGAAGCAGCCAUGGUAGUACCAUUACACUAAGUGGCAAGCCAUUUGAUAGUAGCGAAAACAAUGGAAAUGGAACGACAGUCUGUCCACUUCAAGGCUAUCUCUUUGGAUCAACAGUUGGAUUGCCAGAGACAAGUCCUGCUGCUUCAGCUAAGAAAGAACACAGGCCUUCUCUUGGCGAGCUCUUUCAGAAGACUAAACUAGGCGAAGAAAACGAUGGAGCCAAAUCUGACAGGGGCGAGAAGCGAACAGAUAAGGACUCUGAUAAAUCUGCUGUCCACCUCAUGAAAAAAAUACUGAAGAAAAAGAUGCUUCAUGCUUCCUCGCGGAACUCAGUAGCUUCUGGGGUAACUGUUGAUUCAGUUUCAGCUGAGAGAAAACUCAAUAAGAUCCUACAUAUGUUCCACAGAAAAGUCCAUCCUGAGAGCUCAACAGGUGGACAAAAGCCUGAUAAGUCCUCAAAAAAUGAGAGGGCUCAUGACCGUGGAAGACUAUCACUUGCUCGUGAAGAUAUCACGAUUAUCCCUCACCACCGCCUCUCAAAGGACAGCAUCAAGGGUCAGUCGAAUAUGCAACAGUGCACACUAGAUGGUGAUUUAGAUGAGAACCGAGAAUGCUGGAUCAAAACUGACGCAGAUUACCUGGUGCUGGAGCUCUAAAUUGCCAAAGCAGCUCAUAUUGUAAGAUAUGUUUGCCUCUCAAAAACUAUGUACUGCCCCAUCGUUUGAUUGGUUAUGUCAAUUAUAAAAUUGUGAUAGAUAGAAAUAUGAGAAAUAAAAGAGGGUAUUCCUCUUAACAUAUGUGUGUGAGACGCAUGUAAAACAUGAGAUGUAUUAGCUGAGAUUGUUCUGUGCUAAAGAUUUAAGUAUUAAUAUUGUCCCUCGGGAUGGAUUAAAAUA